CGCACAUGGCGUAAGAAUAGAGACGUGUUGAGUUUAGUUAGAAAUUUACAAAAUGGGUAAAUCAAAGAAGGCCAAAUCUGCCAAAAUAGGCGGUGAUCCUGUGUCACGAUCAGCACCACUCGCAGAGCAAAUACUGGAGAACAAGACGGUUCGAUUAAAAGACAGGGGUAAAGCAAGACAACGUCAGGACGAAGACGAAACGUACGUUGAUGAAAAGCUCUCCAGAAAGAUCUUAGAUCAAGCUCGAUUACAGCAGGAAGAACUAGAGACUGAACAUGGAAAUUCAAGUAAAACUGUGAAGAGACCCACAACGAGUCUUGGGCCAGCACAGACAGAACAGUCCGAUGAUGAUGAGGAAGAUCUCACAGAACAUGAAGGCAAAUACUAUGAGAAUCUUGAGAUUGCUGAGGAGGAUGAGAGAGCCUUGGAGCACUUCAUGGCCAAAGAUGCUCCAGCUAGACGGACACUCGGUGACAUCAUCAUGGAGAAACUCACUGAGAAGCAGACUGAAGUCGCUUCACAAAUGACAGAGAGUGGUCAAAUCCUGCCCGACCUGGAUGAGAGAGUGAUUCAAGUCUACAAAGGAGUUGGUCAGAUCUUGACCAGGUACCGUAGCGGGAAACUCCCCAAGGCAUUUAAGAUUCUACCAUCCUUUAGACUGUGGGAACAGAUCCUGUAUGUAACAGAGCCAGACAAGUGGUCGGCAGCAGCCAUGUACCAGGCCACAAGAAUAUUCACCAGUAACCUCAACGCAAAAAUGGCACAGAGAUUUUUCAAUUUAAUUUUGUAUCCAAGAGUGAGAGAUGACAUUGCUGAGUUCAAAAGGCUCAAUUUUCAUUUGUACAUGGCCUUAAAGAAAGCCCUCUUCAAGCCAGCAGCUUUCUUCAAAGGAAUCCUAUUGCCGCUGUGUGAGUGCGGUACAUGCACCCUGAGGGAGGCAGUCAUCGUCGGCAGCAUCUUGGCCAAGACAACGAUACCAGUCUUGCAUUCCAGUGCAGCUCUGCUCAAGAUAGCCGAGAUGGAUUACAACGGAGCCAACAGCAUCUUCAUGAGGAUACUGCUGGACAAGAAGUACGCUCUGCCGUACCGUGUGGUGGACGCUGUCGUUUAUCACUUCCUCAGAUUCCAGCUUGACAAGAGAGAGCUGCCUGUCUUGUGGCAUCAAUGCCUUCUUACCUUUGUUCAGCGAUACAAAGAAGACCUCGCUACUGAACAGAAGGAGGCUGUGCUUGAUCUGCUACGAGCACAGACACAUGACAGCAUCACGCCAGAGGUGCGGAGAGAACUCCUCAACUCAAAGUCACGUGACACUGAAGAGCCAAUGGCGUCAUAGAACGAUGAUGUAGCGAAUGGACUUUAUCAUUGGUCAUGUGACACUGAGUGGUCACUGUGGUUUAGUGGUUAGACUGCAGGACUUAAAAUUACAAGGUUGUGGGUUCAAAUCCUACCAAGCUGCAUGUAACCACUGAU